AUGCUGACUGCGUCGCUACAAAAGCACAUCCUGAAUCGCACUAACACGCCGCUCCACCUGAACACACCCCGUGACUCGCCUCGACCGCGUACCUCUGAAGGCCAUGCGCACAAAGAUGAUCGCUCCUCUGCGGAUGAGAAGAGUGCGCCGCCGACCUUUGAGCCGCCCACAAGAGCAAACACGAAUGACAGCAGUAUCGGAGGAGAUGCCAGGCGGGAUCUCAAGAAGGGUGUGAAGGCUGUGUCCUUCUUGAGCAGACUCAUGGGCGGGAAGAAGCAGCGCGAGACCGGGGACGACCCUGUCGACGAUGAUUCUUCUACAAGCGACGGCAGGCCUGAGGGCAACGAUGCAGAGGUCUUCAAGCAGAGCAUGGACAAUGAAGGCAUCGGCUACAACCCUAGACAUGCUCCUCCGCCCGCAUACAUCAAGGUCAGGUCGAAGUAUAAGAAACCUCAGGACUUCGACCGGGUGUUUCUUGCUCAGGAGCUUUCAUGUGGUAAACGUCCGGAUAUCAUGGCGCGGCGGAAUAGUACAAACAAGCUACGCAGGAAGAGUUCAGCGACUGCCGACGAUGGCAGCACGAUAUGGGCCAUUGAGUUCAGCCGCGAUGGCAAGUACCUCGCGACGGCUGGUGCUGAUAUGAUCGUUCGCGUCUGGCAAGUGUUGAGCUGUCCGGAAGAUCGACAGAGACAUGAGCGCCAGGAGUCAAGUGACAGCGAUUCGAAUGGCAUGGGUGCAGAUUCUGGACAUUUGAGUGCGCCAGUGUUCCAAUGCAAGCCCGUGCGUGAGUACGAAGGGCACACGUCGACGAUUCUAGACUUGAGCUGGAGCAAGAACAACUUUCUCUUAUCGUCUUCUAUGGACAAGACCGUGCGACUAUGGCAUGUGAGCAGGAACGAAUGCCUUUGCACAUUCAAGCAUAACGACUUCGUUCCUUCGAUAUCGUUUCACCCGAAAGACGAUCGCUUCUUUUUGGCCGGCUCGCUGGACUCUAAAUUACGGCUGUGGAGCAUACCAGACAAGAGCGUAGCCUUUGCAGCACAGGUCCCGGACAUGAUCACAGCUGUGGCAUUUACUCCGGACGGCAAGUAUGCAAUGGCAGGCUGUCUGACCGGACUAUGCAUGUUCUUUGAAACGGAAGGCUUGAAGUAUCAAACGCAGAUCCACGUGCGAUCCACGAGAGGCCAGAACGCAAAAGGCAGCAAGAUCACUGGCAUCCAAGCGUUCAACGCCCCCACUGGGGAGCUCAAAAUACUGAUCACUUCGAACGACUCAAGGAUUAGAUUGUACAAUUUUCGCGACAAGAGCCUAGAAUUGAAGUUCAAGGGCAAUGAAAAUAACUGCAGCCAAAUACGAGCAAUGCUGAGCGAUGAUGGACGAUAUGUUGCCUGUGGCAGCGAAGAUCGGAAAGCGUAUAUCUGGUCUUUGCACCAAAGCCCAGGCGAGAGAAGAGACAGAACUCCAGUGGAAAUGUUCGAGGCUCAUAACACCAUCACGACUGCCGUAUGCAUAGCACCAGCGAAAACACGACAGCAUCUUAGCAGGUCCGAAGAUCCAAUCUACGACCUCUGCAACCCGCCGCCAGUCACAUUACUCAGCCAAGCCGAGAAGGCUGAAAGUACGACUUCGGCUUCACGAUCGCAAAGUCGCGCCGGCAGCAUACAGCAAACGCCAUCGCUCUAUAGCCAGCCAAGAGAGUCUCCCGCUUUCAUGUCUCGAGCGUCUCACAAAGAGGGCAACAUCAUUGUCACGGCAGACUUCGCCGGCAAGAUCAAGGUCUUUCGCCAAGACUGCGCAUGGUCGAAG